GACAAGUAACAGAAGAGCUGGACAGCCACUGUCGGCAACUGUAAAGGGGGGGGCAGCGGGAAGUGUGAAGGUGAGUGAAACCCUCGGCGUCGGCGAGUCACCGUCAUUACAGUCCUGAAGAGUUCUGAAGAAAGUACCUGCCUGUGUCAGCCCAUCAACAUGUCCGACAUCGACUACUCUGAGCUCUCCAACAACCUGGACUCGGUGGUGGUGCUGGACGUGCGGAACAGGGAUGAGGUGGAGAAGUUCGGCCAGAUCCCCGGCUCGCACUCCCUGCCCCUGGGAGAGAUGGAGGACGCCCUUCAGAUGGACGACGACGACUUCCAGGACAAGUACGGGUUCCCUAAGCCCACCAGCGACCAAAAGCUGGUGACCAGCUGCAUGAAGGGCGGCCGGGCAAGGAAGGCAGCCGAGACCCUGGCGAGUUCGGGAAUUGAAGCAAGGGUCUACCCCGGCUCCUUCGUCGACUGGAAGGCCCAGGGUGGGGAGGUGGUUGACGGCAAGCCUCACCAUCUGCACCACUAAGCACGCGCAGGACGACGAGCACCCGACGAAGCACCCAAUGGAUCUGAGCAACACAUUCACGUCUUAAACUGAAAAUAAUAAAGGAAAGAAAAGAAAAAAGAGUGUGUGUUUCAGCUAAAAGAAGAGUAUGAUUUUCCACGCUUUUAAAAUUUGGUAUCACAGAGGCCCAGAAUGAUAUAUGGUCCUUUAUCAGGCGCGACAUAAUCCAUGUGAUUUCGCUAUCUUUCUGGCACACACUGUUAACUCGUUCCCUCUCGUUAUCAAGUUAAUUCCGUCGAGGUUUAUGUUUGUGUGUCGAAUUUAUGUCUCUAUUUAAUAUUGUUUUGUACUUCGGUUGUCCUUGAGCACGUGCAUCAUAAUUUACCUGCUGACUCCUUUAAAGCAAAAAAGAAAAGGAGCACACUUACUCUGUAUGUUUUAAUUCAAAGGCGAUAUGUUGUUAUGUUAUGCCUCCUUAAAAAAUAAAUGUUCAUAAUUACGACAAUACACCAUCUAGUCACAGGAUGUUACUGGUCUCUGUAUCAAAGUCUUCUUAUGUGAACUUAAUUUAUUUUGUCAUAGCGUCAUUAUUUGUGUGUCCAUACAUUUCACUAGGGCUAAGAAAGCCUGGAUGCCUCAUCUCUUUAUCAAGUACUUAGAUAUCACUAACUUACUUUCACAGGCAUAAUUAAUAAACCCAUUUUGCACU